AGCAGCAGGAGAGACCAGGUUCUCCGGUAGCCAGCUGUGCGUCUAUGAAAAGUGAUUGGUCUAUGGAUUUACCACUAAAGUUUAACGAUGAAGAUCCCUCACCUGAACACAGAUCCGACCAAUCAUCUGCUGAAACUAAAUAUUGUGAGAACUUUAAAUUGAAUCUAAAAAAGAAGUUUCAGUGUUUACAUGAAGUGAUAACAAACCAAGAAAACACAAAGCUUCUCAAUGAGAUCUACACAGAGCUCUACAUCACAGAGGGAGGCAGUGGAGAAAUCAAUAAGGAACAUGAGGUGAGACAGAUGGAGGCAGCAUCCAGGAGUACAUUAACAGAGGAAACAACAAUCGAAUGCAGUGACCUCUUUACACCCUUAUCUGAACAAGACAAACCCAUCAGAACUGUACUGACAACAGGAGUCGCUGGAAUUGGAAAAACAGUCUCUGUGCAGAAGUUUAUUCUGGACUGGGCUGAAGGGAAAGCAAAUCAGGAUCUCCACUUCAUAUUUCCCCUUCCCUUCAGAGAACUGAAUUUAAUGAAGGACCAGAAACUCAGUCUGAUGGAUCUCCUUCAUGAAUGUUUCAAGGAGACAAAAGAAAUGGAAAUCUCCAGCUCACACAAAGCUCUGUUCAUCUUCGAUGGUUUAGACGAGAGUCGUUUAGCUCUAGACUUUCAGAACGGGGUGAAUCUGUGUGAUGUCACUGAAUCAGCAUCAGUGGAGGUUCUGCUGAUGAACCUGAUGAAGGGGAAUCUCCUUCCUUCUGCUCUGAUCUGGAUAACCUCCCGACCGGCAGCAGCUGAUCAAAUCCCCUCUGAGUGUGUGGAUCGAGUGACGGAGGUACGAGGCUUCAGUGACCCACAGAAGGAGGAGUACUUCAGGAAGAGGAUCAGUGAUCAGAGCCUGGCUGAUAAAACCAUCAAACACCUGAAGACAUCAAGAAGCCUCUACAUCAUGUGCCAGAUCCCUGUGUUCUGCUGGAUUUCAGCCACAGUUCUGGAGAAAAUACUGAAUGAAGCUCAGAACAGAGAGAUCCCCAAAACUCUGACUGAAAUGUACACACACUUCAUCAUCAUUCAGACACAAAUCAUAAGAGAAAAGUACCAGAAGAACCAGCAGCACACUGAUGAAGAAAUGCUCCUCAAACUGGGACAACUGGCAUUUCAGCAGCUGAUGAAAGGAAACCUGAUCUUCUAUGAUGAAGAUCUCAAGGAGUGUGGCAUUGAUAUCAGAGAAGCCUUACUCUACUCUGGUGUGUGUACACAGAUCUUCAGAGAGGAAUCUGAGCUGCUUCACAGUAAAGUUUUCUGCUUUGUUCAUCUGAGCAUUCAGGAACAUCUCGCUGCUCUAUAUGUGCACCUGACCUUCAUGAACCGGAAGAAGAAUGUUCUGAAACAGAAUUAUUCCUCUAAACUGAGAGUAUUGCUGAGAACAGAAUUGUCACUCUCACAUAUUCACAAGAGUGCUGUACAUCAAGCACUACAGAGUCAGAAUGGACAUCUGGAUCUCUUUGUUCGCUUUCUUCUGGGUCUUUCACUGGAGUCCAACCAGAUUUUGUUGCAAAGCUUGGAAAAACAUAGAGAAAGUAGCAUAUACAACAAGGAGAAAACAGUUCAGUACAUCAAGACGAAGAUUGGAGAGAAUCCCCCUACAGAGAAAUCCAUUUGUCUUUUCCACUGUCUGAAUGAACUGGGUGACAAUUCUCUAGUUAAGGAAAUCCAACAGUACUUGCAAUCUGGAGGGCUGAAAGCAAGAACGCUCUCUCCUUCACAGUGGUCCGCUGUGGUCUUUGUUCUGCACUGUAAAAAUGUGAUGACAUCAGAAGUGAACAUGGAUGAAUUUAUUCUGGAGAGAUAUGGCAGUUCGGAUAAAGUUCUUCAUUCGCUGCUGCCUGUAGUUGCACAAUGCAGAACAGCUAACCUUAAGGAUUGUAAACUGACUGAGAAAAGCUGUGCAGAUCUGGUUUCAAUCCUUAGCUCAAAAUCCUCUACUCUGCAAGAGCUGGAUAUGUCUUGGAAUAAUGUAGGAGAUUCAGGAGUAAAGUUGCUCUCUGCUGGACUGAAGAAUUCCCAUUGUAAACUGGAGAUACUAAGGUUGCAACAGUGUAAUAUCACAGAUGAGGGUUGCACUGCUCUGGCUUCAGCUCUGAAAUCUGUUUCCUCAUGUCUGAGAAAGCUGGAUUUGUAUGGGAACGACCAAAUCAUGAGAGGACGCAAGCUGCUUUUGGAUCUUCAGACUAAAGGAUGUUACAGACUUCAAGAAAUAAUAAUAUGAGCAACAGAGGCGUGCAGACAUAGACAUCAGGUGGUGCUAAAGCACCACCAACUCUGCCCUUUAUCAACCAAUUUGAAACUUCGUUUUUGUUUUUUUAUUAUUAAGAUUUUACUGAGGUCGGUUUGAAAUGAUCUUUUGAAAACCUGAGCGAUUAAAAACGAGCGAAAACAGAAUGCCCUGAAAUCAGCUCACACACACCCGACCUCUCUCUUCCGCGGUCACGCGCAAGGCACACUAGAUGCGCUGCAGCAUCAGUUCAGUUCAGCGAGUUUUCAGCACAUCACGCACGGCAACAGAUAGGCUUCUUCUCCCCCCGUGUCCCACCAGCCAGGUAACAUACACAUCCAGUAAAAUCCUACCGUUUGCCCUCUAAGCCCAAAGUGAAAUCAUUUAGUUGUGCAGUAAUAUGUCUCAUACAGCACCAAACUACUAUGUAUUUUAUCAGUUGGUGGUGUGACAUUUUUCCAUUGAAAACUCACGUUUAGAGAAUGUUACAAAUAAAAGUCAAAUUUCAUUCAACAUGUGCGUGUAAUUUUUAUUAUAAUGAAGUGUUCCACGUGCUCUAAAAAGUGCCCUUUUUCCCCCCUGAGCACUUGCCCCCCAAAAUGUCUGUGCAUGCCACAGCAUUUUUCAGUUCAGGUGGAAGUCUUAGAAGACUGGGAUUUUUCCAGUCUUGUACUGUGGAAUAAACAAACAAGUCAGUGUUACUGAAAUAUAUCAUAAUGCAGUAAAUCGGUUAAACAUAACAAAUGACAAUAAACAUAAGAUGAUAAAGUUUGUGGAUUUACAACUGAAAGAGUUCCUCCCUUUUCAACAUUUAGUGGCUUAACAAGAACAUUUAAACAACUUGUCAAUGGGGCCAUGUGGGACUUCGCUUUCACAAUCUCAUACAAUCUCAUACAACAGUAAACAAGGAAGCAGACUAAAAACCAACAGCUCCUAUAGCACUAAAUACUCCUUGGUUCUUGGUCAAUUAUAAAUGUUUGUCUAUAUUGUUUACUUAUUUAAUUCUCAUUUGUUGUGUACAUAUUGUGUACUAUAUGUUCAUAUUUUUGGUUAUUUUUAUUUUCUUGGUUUUGGUUUGUUUUAAUCCCUUAGUAUGCACAGGAAAUAUCUUUUGAGUAUUACAGGUAUUGCUACGUACAUAAAGCAGUAUGAACCUCUCUGAGCAAGGACAACAGUUCCACCUUUUAGGGUUAGACUAUUACUUUAUUUUGUAAUAUAUUAUUAUUAUUGUGAAUGGAAUAAGAUUUUUUAAUUACAAGUUUAAU